AUGGCUUCUGUACGACAAUUUGAAGAUAAAGCAUCACUUGGUCAAGAUCUUUGCAAAUAUAUAGCAGAGAAAUCUUCUCAAGCUAUCCAAGAUCAUGGAUUUUUCACCAUAGGCUUUUCAGGUGGUAGUUUACCUUCUAUCGUUGGAAAUUCCAUCCAACAAGUAUCAUGCGAUUAUGGACACUGGCAGGUAUUGCUAUGUGAUGAGCGUUAUGUAUCAUUAGAUGAUAAAGAAAGUAACUAUAACGCAUACAAGCAGCAUAUUGGUAGAAAAUUACCUACACAAGUUGGCGGUGAAAUUAUUCUAGAUUAUAGUUUACCGCUAGAAGCAGCAGCAGCUGAUUACGAAAAGAAGUUGCGUUCACUCUAUCCAGGCGUUAGCAUUCCAUCUCUCGAUUUAUUAUUACUUGGUAUGGGACCUGAUGGUCAUACGUGCUCUUUGUUUCCAGGCCAUUCUUUAUUAACAGAAACAAGUUCACUUGUUUCCUUCAUUUCGGAUUCUCCUAAACCACCACCGCAAAGAAUCACUUUAACCUAUCCCAUUAUUAAUGCCGCAAAAAGUGUAGCUUUCGUAUGUACUGGCGAAGCAAAGGCUGAUGUCUUGAAAAAGAUAAUCUGUGAUAACGAUCAGUCAUUUCCAUCUGCAAGAGUAAAGUUAACCAACGGUGAACAUAUUUGGUUUCUCGAUCGUGGCGCAGCUAGUAAACUACAAUAA